CGGCGUCCGGGUGCGGGCGCGGGGCCUCCGGCCUCUCCUGGGCACCGCCCCCGGUCCGGCCCGGUGGCUCAGCUGCGCUCGUCCACGUCCAGGCGGGGCCCGUCGCCCUCGGAGCCGCAGCCGCCUGGGGCGCUCGGUCCGGCCGGUCGGCCGCACGAACGCACAGCGCCCGUCAAGCCGCCGCCGCCUCAGGUCAGAGUCGCCCGGGGCCACGCGGCCCGCCGCCUGAGGGACGCGGAAGAAGAGACCUGGGGCGCUGCGCUGGGGUACCGGGUCGUGCGCAGCCUGAGGGAACCGAGUGUGACGACAAGGUGACCGACCAGGCUGAGGGGCCGGGCUGAGGAGAAGUCAUACUCUGACAGGACCGACAGCCUGGCUGACGGGGUCUCGGCUGAGGGGACGCGGGGCUGAGACGUCGCCUUCUGACAGGACUGUGUGACAGACAAGAUUGGAAAGAAGCUGUGAACCACUGAUAUCCAAGGACAUUUUUUAAAACAAGGACUACUCUUUAUUGAAAUUACCAUGGUUGACACAGAGAUGCCAUUCUGGCCCACCAACUUUGGAAUCAGCUCUGUGGACCUCUCUGUGAUGGAAGAGCACUCCCAUUCCUUUGACAUCAAGCCCUUUACCACGGUUGAUUUCUCCAGCAUUUCUGCUCCACACUAUGAAGACAUUCCAUUCACAAGAGCUGAUCCAAUGGUUGCUGAUUACAAAUAUGACCUGAAGCUUCAAGAAUACCAAAGUGCGAUCAAAGUAGAGCCUGCAUCUCCACCUUAUUAUUCUGAAAAGACCCAGCUCUACAACAGGCCUCAUGAAGAGCCUUCCAACUCCCUCAUGGCCAUUGAGUGCCGAGUCUGUGGGGAUAAAGCAUCAGGCUUCCACUAUGGAGUUCAUGCUUGUGAAGGAUGCAAGGGUUUUUUCCGAAGAACCAUCCGAUUGAAGCUUAUUUAUGAUAGGUGUGAUCUUAACUGUCGGAUCCACAAAAAAAGUAGAAAUAAAUGUCAGUACUGUCGGUUUCAGAAGUGCCUUGCUGUGGGGAUGUCUCACAAUGCCAUCAGGUUUGGGCGGAUGCCACAGGCCGAGAAGGAGAAGCUGUUGGCGGAGAUCUCCAGUGAUAUCGACCAGCUGAACCCAGAGUCUGCUGAUCUGCGAGCCCUGGCAAAGCAUUUGUAUGACUCAUACAUAAAGUCCUUCCCGCUGACCAAAGCCAAGGCGAGGGCGAUCUUGACAGGAAAGACAACAGACAAAUCACCAUUUGUCAUCUAUGACAUGAAUUCCUUAAUGAUGGGAGAAGAUAAAAUCAAGUUCAAAAAUAUCACCCCCCUGCAGGAGCAGAGCAAAGAGGUGGCCAUCCGAAUUUUUCAAGGAUGCCAGUUUCGAUCUGUGGAAGCCGUGCAAGAGAUCACAGAGUAUGCCAAAAACAUCCCCGGUUUCAUUAACCUUGACUUGAAUGACCAAGUGACUCUGCUCAAGUAUGGUGUCCAUGAGAUCAUCUACACGAUGCUGGCCUCCCUGAUGAAUAAAGAUGGAGUCCUCAUAUCAGAGGGCCAAGGAUUCAUGACCAGGGAGUUCCUCAAAAGCCUGCGGAAGCCCUUUGGUGACUUUAUGGAGCCCAAGUUUGAGUUUGCUGUGAAGUUCAAUGCACUGGAAUUAGAUGACAGUGACUUGGCCAUAUUUAUAGCUGUCAUUAUUCUCAGUGGAGACCGCCCAGGCUUGCUGAACGUGAAGCCCAUCGAGGACAUCCAAGACAACCUGCUGCAGGCCCUGGAACUCCAGCUCAAGCUGAACCACCCGGAGUCCUCCCAGCUGUUCGCCAAGGUGCUCCAGAAGAUGACAGACCUCAGGCAGAUUGUCACAGAGCACGUGCAGCUAUUGCAUGUGAUCAAGAAGACGGAGACAGACAUGAGCCUUCACCCCCUGCUCCAGGAGAUCUACAAGGACUUGUAUUAGCAGAAAAGUCCCACCCGCUGACAACGUGUUCCUUCUAUCGAUUGCACUAUUAUUUUGAGGGAAAAAUCUGACACCUAAGAAAUUUACUGUGAAAAAGCAUUUAAAAACAAAAGGUUUUAGAACAUGAUCUAUUUUAUGCAUAUUGUUUAUAAAGAUACAUUUACAAUUUACUUUUAAUAUUAAAAAUUACCACAUUAUGAGAUUGUUUAUAGUAUUUAAAGAGUGAAUGUAUGUGUCCCGUUCUGCCAUCACAGGUGUGCAGAAGGAUUUCCCUCAUUUUAUUUCUUUUCUUCUUUCUUUCUUGUUCAUUCUUUGACAUGCAUAUGUGCUCAUAUAUAUGUUUAUGUGUGUGUAGGUUCUAUGCAUGUGUAUGGAGGCCCAGAGACAGCUCUAAAGCUGGCUUGUUCAUUCUCAGGACUGUCAUGUACCUACUUUGAGACAGGGUCUUUCAUUGGCCUAGAACCAACCAAUUAGGUUAGACUGGUCAGUGAGCUCUGGGGAACCACCUGUCCCCACCUGCCCAUCACCACCCUGUCUAGCAUGUUUAGGUGGAUUUGAGGAGAAGGAUUGAACUCGGGUCCUCAUGCUUUCACAAGAACCCAAACUUCUCCCACUCUAACAGUUUUCAUGCAUCACCAGCAACCUGUUUAACAUAUUGUCAUCCCUCCACAAUCAUGGGGUCUGGCUCCAGGUCUCCUGAAGGUACCAAACCCCAUGGGUGUUCAAGUUUUUAAACACGAAAUGUUGCAAAUAAACUCUGCA